AUGUCUCAACCCCAGACCUCGUCGCAGCCCUCCAAGGCAUCGUCGACAUCAGCACACCCUGCGCCCGCAACCGCUUCUGCUGCGGCAGCCGGCAGGCGCAUCUUCCACGAGGAUGUCGUGCGCCGCAUCGGCAGCGACGGCAGCAGUCGUUCAGGCGUCGUGCUGAGGUGCUGGCAGCGGGACGAACCCGAGACGCAGGAUACGCUCAAGGAUCAGACUGGCAAGAACCGCGCGCUGAAGCAAGGCGAGAUCGGGGUAUUCUGGUCGCCUUCGGACGCCCGUGAGAUCAUCAACGAGGAAGAAGUCGAGGUCAUCGACCGCGCUCUCCACGUCGGCGACGUCUGCAAGCGCUCCCACCGCGACAAGGCCUCGUGCGUCGUCGUCGACGUCAAGCGCAACCUCACCCUGGAGCAUGUCAUCUCCAAGAAGCGGAUAGACCACGAGGUGCCCUCGGACGACGUCCAGAACGCGGUCCGCGUCACUCGCGGAGACUACGUCAUCGUCGAUGACUGGGUCGGCCUCGUCGAGGAUGUCUUUGAAGAGGCGCUUCUCGAGACGAGCGACUCGACCGAGCUGCAGCGCGUCUUUGACGUCGGCAUCAGCCUGCCCGUCGGCAAGGUCCACCCAGAAGUCUACCAGGACAGCUACUUUGUCUGGGAGUCGCAGUUCCGCUCCGGCCGCCUGCCCGACGAGAUGACGAUCCUCGACGUUCGGCAGACGGUGCUCUGCGUCAACUGGCUCGCAAUGAACCAGACGCUGACCCCCGAGGAACAGGAGCGCCGUCCGCGGCCAAAGCGCUUCUGGACCACCGACAUCGACCGACUCACCCUGGUCCGCUCCUUUGCCGACUACUGCCAAGCCGUCGGCGACCGCGUCGUCUUCCGGAAUGCGGACCUCGCCCGCAGGCAUGGCGUCGAGCCUACUUUCCAUGGUCCCGACAGCCUGCCCGUCGAGGUAUGCCACGUCGUCCACACCUCGACCAAAGUACAAGUCGUCUGGCAGGACGGUACCCGCACCGAGGAGGACGCCCGUUGCCUCCUGCCCUAUGUCAACAUUGACGAAUACGAGGUCUGGCCUGGCGACUGGGUCUGGUGGCAGCCGAGCGAGGGAGGGGGCGAUGGCACGCAGGAGCAGGUGCGCAAGCCGGCCAUCGUCCAGAGCAUGGAUCCCGAGGAGCGCACCGCCGAGAUCCGCAUCUAUGGCACCGACGCCGUGGAGACCGUGCCCGUCCUCGAGCUCAACGUGCACGGCACCGAUCCCGACACGUUUGGCAUCCACCGCGGCGACGUCAUCAUGCUCGACUCGAAGCCCCACGGCAUGCCGUUGCCUGCACUGCCGCGAGUGGGCCAGAGCGAGGAGAUCCCCGACCUGCCGCAGCUCAACGAACAGCUUAGCAGGCGCGGCCUCGACCUCAGCUCGAAGCAUCCAGUCCGCACGCCCCUCAGCGCGCCUCGCGACCCGAAGCGCGACGCCGCCGCUGCCGCCAGCAUCGAUUGGUAUGGCAGCGUCACCGAGCUUCGACUCGACGGUGGCAUCGUCGUCUCGCUGCCUGGCGGCCGCGAGAUCGUCACGCAGCUCGAAAAGGUCUCGCUCCUCGGCGAAGGCUUCGCCGACGAAGACGAAGACGAGCUUUACGACGACUACGAGGAUGAUUUGGCCGACGACGCCGCCUACUACGGGGAGCGCCGCAAGAGACACGCCCAUGGCGAGCAUGGUGAUGGCGCCGACGACGAUGAAGAUGCUAUGUGGAUGGACGAGGAAGGGCACGAGGUGACGAGCCGCGACGAGUGGGAAGACGUCGACGCCGGCGACGUCACCGGCAACACCGUGUUUGAGGAUGCCGUCACUGAGCUGCCCGGGUCCGAGUCUGCGUCGGCGGCGGAGGUGACGGACGUUGUCGAGAUCGUCGUAGAUGCGGAGCAAGAUCCCGCGGAACGCCAGCGGAAGCCGGUUCCCCCUGAGAAGCAAGAGCCCGAAGGGCAGCUGCAGACACCGCUGCCAUCCACGACGGAGGUGGACACGCCGAUGGACGAGGUCAAGGCAGCGUCGGCGGCAGGACCCGGAGCGUCGAGGUCGCAGGCACAGAGAUCGACUGAGCCGCCUCAGCCGACGGCAUCGGAGCCUGAGCAGCCGCAGACGCAGGAGCAAAAGUGUGCGCGCUGUCUCGAGAAGCCGCCAUCCGACUCGGUUCUCGGCGACGAGUCCUUGAGCGCUGGCAUGCCGACCGACGAUCCGCGGUGGUCGCGCUUCGAGAUCCUCGAGGAGGCGCCGUCGGACCACGCUUUCCUCAAGGAACCUGCGGGCUCGACGUCGUCGGCGGCCUACUUUAAGCGCAUCCAGCGCGAGUUCAAGGUGCUGCAGUCGAGCCUGCCCGACUCGAUCCUGGUCCGUAGCUACGAGGACCGGACGGAUCUGCUGCGCGUCCUCAUCAUCGGCAGCGAGGGUACGCCGUACGAAGAUGCACCGUUCGUCAUCGACUUCCACCUCAAGCCGACGUUUCCGCAAGAACCGCCCGUGGCCCAUUUCCACAGCUGGACCAACGGCGGCGGGCGGGUGAGCCCCAACCUGUAUGAGGAGGGCAAGGUGUGCCUUUCUGUCCUCGGCACCUGGUCCGGCCAGGAGAGCGAGAGCUGGUCGCCGACGCAGUCGUCGCUGCUGCAGGUCUUUGUCUCCAUUCAGGGUCUGGUGCUGGUGCGCGAGCCGUGGUUCACCGAGCCCGCCUACGAGAAGCUCAAGGGCACCGAGGAAGGCGAGGUCAACUCGGCCCUUUACUCGGAGAAGGCCUUCGUUCUCGCCCGCGGCUUUGUCCGUCGGGCGCUCGAGCAGCCGCCGCAGGGCCUCCGAGACGAGCUCGAGUUCCUCUACUACGGCGCCGACAGCCGCGGCGAGGGCGAGCCGGCGGUCCGAGGCCGACUGGAGAAGGUGAUGCAGAGGUGCCGCGACCUCAUCGCCGAGGCCGAAGAGGCCAAGCGGCGCCGAGCCGCACAGCGCAACGGCGGCGGCAGCGAAGACCAGACGGCGCAGGUAGCGGAAGGCACGACCAACAGAGGCCACGACGAUGGAGCGGGAGCGAGCACGCCGACCAAGGUCAAGGGACAAAGUGACGACGCCAUCUCGCACAUCAGCAUGGGCAGCUGCAUCGUGCUGCAGCGACACCUCGCCGUGCUCGAGCGACUCUGGCGAGAAAGGCAGGCGGCGUAA